AUGUCGCUCGGCACGACACAUCUCCCCGAGGCCCUAGCCGCCAACCACGAGGCCGCAGCCGCCACCUCCAACAACAGCGAGCCGGACUCCUUCCACCCAGAGUACCGCGGCUUCGAGGACCAGGCGCAGGACCACGUGCGCAAUCUCGCACGCACGCUCACCAACGCGUCUGCGCCCGGCUCCGUCGCCUCCAUGUCCCCCAUCAACCCGGUCUUCUCCACCCCUGACGCCCCACACUACGACGCGCGCCUGGACCCGAACUCGGACGAGUUCUCGUCCGCGUUCUGGGUCCACAACGUCAGCCAGCUCGUUGCACGUGACCCCGACCACUACAAGCCCUAUUCGCUAGGCUGCAGCUGGCGCAACCUGCGGGCGUACGGGAACGCCACUGACGUGGCGUACCAGUCCACCGUGGCCAACUUGCCCUUGCAAUUGGCCGAAACCGUGCUGCGUAUGGCGCGCAAAGCGCGUCCAGAAGACACUUUCGACAUUCUGAAGCCCAUGGACGGUCUCGUCAAGCCCCGUGAGCUGCUGGUGGUGCUGGGCCGGCCCGGCUCCGGCUGUUCCACACUGCUGAAAACCGUGUCGGCCAACACCCACGGUUUCCACGUAGACCCGAAGUCCCAGAUCUCGUACGAUGGUCUCACGCCCAAGGACGUGGCCCGCCACUACCGAGGCGAGGUCGUGUACAAUGCCGAGUCCGACGUGCAUUUCCCGCAUUUGACCGUGUUCGACACCCUUAAGACCGUGGCGCGGCUGUCGUGUCCUUCCAACCGGAUCCACGGCGUCGACCGUGAGACUUUCAGCACGCACAUCACGGAAGUCGCCAUGGCAACGUACGGUCUGUCACAUACGCGUAACACAAAAGUCGGCAACGAACUGGUGCGAGGCGUUUCGGGCGGUGAGCGUAAGCGUGUGUCCAUCGCUGAAGUGUCGAUUUGCGGGUCCAAGUUCCAGUGUUGGGACAACGCCACGCGUGGGUUGGACUCGGCCACCGCACUGGAGUUCAUUCGCGCGUUGCGCACCGAGGCCAAACUCACGCAUAGUGCCGCCGUGAUCGCCAUCUACCAGUGUUCCCAGGACGCGUACGACCUCUUCGACAAAGUCUCGGUCCUGCACGAGGGCUACCAGAUCUACUUUGGUCCGGCCAACCAGGCCAAGCAAUAUUUCGAAACCAUGGGUUACGUGUGUCCGUCGCGCCAGACCACUGCGGACUUUCUAACCGCCGUCACAAACCCGGCCGAACGGAUCGUCCGGGAGGGCUGCCGCCCUCCCGCGACCGCGGUCGAAAUGGAGAAGUACUGGAAACAGUCUCCGGACUACAAGCGUCUCCUGGGCGAGAUCGACGAGUACGCCGCCCACGAACAGGCCGACAACAUGCGCAAUCUGGCUGAAAACCACGUCGCCAAGCAAUCGCGUCGUGCCAGACCCAAAUCUCCUUACACCGUCAGUUACGGGCUACAGGUCAAGUAUCUCUUGAUUAGAAACAUGCAGAGAAUCCGCAGUAAUAUGGGGGUCACCGUGUUCCAAGUGAUCGGUAACGGAUCCAUGGCUUUUAUCCUGGGUUCCAUGUUCUACAAAGUGCUCAAACACGACACCACAGAAGGGUUUUAUUCGCGUGCCGGUGCACUGUUUUUCGCCGUGCUGUUCAACGCAUUCUCGUGUUUGCUGGAGAUUUUCGCUCUGUACGAGGCGCGUCCAGUGUCCGAAAAACACAAACGGUACUCGCUGUACCAUCCUUCUGCGGACGCCAUGGCGUCCGUGAUCUCCGAAGUGCCCGCCAAGCUGUUGACUUCGGUCUCGUUCAAUUUGGCCCUAUAUUUCCUGUGCAACUUCAAACGUGAAGCUGGCGCGUUUUUCUUCUACUUCUUAAUGACCAUGGUAGCCACGUUUUUGAUGUCGCACAUUUUCAGAUGUCUGGGUGCCUCGACCAAGACCUACGCCGAGUCCAUGGUGCCCGCGUCCGUGUUGCUAUUGGCGUUGUCGAUCUACACCGGGUUUGCCAUCCCCAAGACCAAGAUUUUGGGGUGGUCCAAAUGGAUCUGGUACAUCAACCCGCUAUCGUACGUGUUUGAAUCUUUAAUGGUUAACGAAUUCCACGACCGUCGUUUUGAUUGCUCCGCUUACAUCCCUACGGGUCCCGCGUAUGAGUCGAUUUCCGGCACUGAGCGUGUGUGUUCUGCCGUGGGUGCUGUACCGGGGCAAGACUAUGUCAACGGUGAAACCUACAUCAACGUGGCGUACGGCUACUACCAUUCUCACAAAUGGCGUGGUUUGGGUAUCGGAUUGGCGUAUGCAAUUGUGUUUUUGGGUGUUUACCUCGCCGUCACGGAGUUCAACGAGAGCGCUAAACAACGUGGUGAAAUCUUGGUUUUCCCCCAGGCCAUUAUGCGCCGCAUGAAAAAGCAACGCCACCGCAGCGAGAAGAACAAUGGCGGCGGUGCCCGCGGCUCAGAAACGACCGGAGGAGGAGGAGGAGGAGGCUCCGCUGCAGAUCUCGAGAGCUCUGCAGGCGUUGUCCCUGUCAACGAGAAAAAGCUGCUCGAGGACAGCACCGACUCGGCCAAUUCUACCAACUCCUCCAUGGGCGAAGCCGGUCUAACGCAAUCCGAAGCCAUCUACCAUUGGCGUAAUGUGUGCUUUGACGUGCCCAUCAAGAAGGAAACUCGUCGUAUCCUGGACCAUGUGGAUGGCUGGGUCAAGCCCGGCACUUUGACCGCUCUUAUGGGUGCUUCCGGUGCUGGUAAAACCACUUUGCUCGACUGUCUUGCCUCUCGUGUCACCACUGGUGUCAUCACUGGUGACAUGUUCAUCAACGGGUUUUUGCGGGACUCGUCCUUUGCGCGUUCCAUUGGUUACUGUCAACAACAAGAUUUGCAUUUGGAAACCUCAACUGUCCGUGAAUCGCUUCGUUUCUCCGCCUACCUACGUCAACCUUCCCACAUCUCUAAACAAGAAAAAGAUCGUUACGUUGAGGAAGUGAUCCGCAUUUUGGAAAUGCUCCCUUACGCUGACGCCGUGGUCGGUGUCGCCGGUGAAGGUCUUAACGUCGAACAACGUAAGCGUUUGACCAUCGGUGUCGAACUCGCCGCUAAGCCUAAGCUACUAUUGUUUUUGGAUGAGCCCACGUCCGGUUUGGACUCCCAAACCGCUUGGUCCAUUUGCCAGCUCAUGCGUAAACUUGCCAACCACGGUCAGGCCAUUUUGUGUACUAUUCACCAACCUUCCGCUCUACUAAUGCAAGAAUUUGACCGUUUGUUGUUCUUGCAACGUGGUGGUAAGACUGUGUACUUUGGUGACUUGGGUCCUGGCUGCCAAACCAUGAUCGACUAUUUUGAAAGCCAUGGUGCACACAAGUGUCCCGACGGUGCCAACCCUGCUGAAUGGAUGCUUGAAGUCAUAGGUGCUGCUCCCGGCACUCACGCCUCUCAAAACUACCACGACGUGUGGCGCAACUCUGACGAGUACCGCGCCGUGCAAGAAGAAUUGGAAUGGAUGGAAAGAGAAUUGCCCAAGAAGCCAAUCGACACCAGUAACGAACAAUCCGAGUUUUCCACCUCGCUAUUCUACCAGUACUGUCUUGUCACCAAGCGUCUACUGGAGCAGUACUGGCGUACCCCUUCGUACUUGUGGUCCAAGAUCGGUCUAACCAUCAUUUCCCAGAUUUUUAUUGGUUUCACUUUCUUCAAAGCGGACAGUUCCAUGCAAGGUUUGCAAAACCAGAUGUUGUCGAUAUUCAUGUUCACAGUUAUUUUCAACCCAACUUUGCAACAGUAUCUGCCCACCUUUGUGUCUCAGCGUGACCUGUACGAGGCGCGUGAGCGUCCUUCUCGCACUUUCUCAUGGCUCGCCUUCAUUCUAUCCCAGAUCAGUGUUGAAAUUCCUUGGAACAUUUUGGCCGGAACUGUCGGUUUCUUUGUGUAUUACUUUCCAGUCGGUUUCUACAACAAUGCAUCGUUCGCGGACCAGUUGCACGAGCGUGGCGCAUUGUUCUGGCUAUAUGCUACCGCUUUCUAUGUUUUCACAGGUUCCAUGGCACAAUUGGUGAUCGCGAGUCAAGAAGUGGCUCAAUCAGCCGGUCAAAUUUCCUCGUUGUUGUUCACAAUGUGUUUGUCGUUCUGUGGUGUUAUGGUUCAACCUAACAACAUGCCACGGUUCUGGAUUUUCAUGUACCGUGUUUCCCCACUUACCUACUUCAUUGACGGUACACUAUCGACUGGAUUGGCUAAUGCAGACGUGCACUGUUCCGACUACGAAAUGGUCAGCUUCACGCCACCUCAGGGCCAGACCUGUGGUCAGUAUAUGCAGUCUUACAUCUCGUCUGCUGGGACAGGAUACCUAGCGGAUCCUGACGCUACAGAUGAGUGUCGUUUCUGCUCGGUGUCGUCCACCAACGACUAUCUCAAGGCUGUCAGCUCCGAAUACACACACCGCUGGCGUAACUACGGUAUCUUCCUAGCGUUUAUCAUGUUCAACUUUGCCGCGGCCGUAUUCUUCUACUGGUUGGCCCGUGUGCCCAAGAAGAGAAAUAGAGUUGCAGACGAGCGCAAGCCCGAGGCCCAAAAGAUUCAGGAGAAAUAG